UGGAGCAUUGCAGAUGGCUUUCAGGUCUGUAUCUGAUGAUGACAAGGCCAAGGCCUACUCUGCAUGGCUCGGAUAUUAUAGGGGAAGCAUGAAGGCCAUGAAGUGGAAAGCCGUAGAUCUGGUUCAAGCAGGCAACGCAUUUGCGAGACACACAUUACAUUAUGGUGAGGACGCUGUCGGGGAUUGGAAACCACCCGGUCUAUUGGCAAAAACAGUAGGCAUGAUGGGUCUCAGAGGGACCCCAGGGCUCAAUGUCGUCAAAGAGCCGCCUAGAGAACCUCGACCAGGUCCAAAGCAAAUGUAGAUGUAGAUGUAGAUUUAGAGACGUUUACACGGAGAAACAAGGGGGGAAAGAGUCUGUUGCAUCAUCACGCGCCUCGUUCAUUUGUAGCCAUUUAUUUAGAUUCAUGAAGUGGACCAUUCUCCCUAUUCCUCACACCAUGAGAUGAUGAGCAGAAGAUGGACGAUCCGGCACUGGACAUUGUCAUGUCGACUGUGAAUGUUCCAGUCGAGCUGCCUGAGAUCUCACCUAUUGCACCCAGAUCAGUGUUCACAUUGGAUCACAUACCUCCUCGCUCGACCUCGCCGCCUUUGCCGCCUAGAAAGGAGGCUCUGCCUCCGAGGUAUCUGGAUCACCUCGCUCGCCUGUUGAGACAAUGGCUGGAGCAGCAAAUAGAUGAGGGGCUGUCGGAGGGUGGUGGGAGGUUAUGGAAAGAUGAUCGACUGGAAGAUAUCGAGCGUGCGUUGUGGACAACCCUUGUUCAGGGGCUCUUGGUUCUUGACUGGAAUCAAUGGGCUCUCGGUGCGGCUGAGCGGAAGAGAUUAUGGAGAGCUCAGCGACAAGCUGCACCAAACGUCGAAGAGGCCAAUCUGGCCGUUGCAACGCCAGACAAGGGCAAAGGCUCGAGACCAGCUUCAAUCGUAUCGGAUAAAGGAAAGGAACGAGCGGAGCCAUCAUGGACAGAGACUAUCCGCUCUAUGAAAGGAUUCGAGUCUUUCACUGAUUCCCCGCCAGCUUCAGCGACAAGCGAGAGGUUCCCCGAUGAUCGAUUUCCAGGGUCUUUCCCCAGCUCUCACCCACAAGCUCAGCAGACUCAGCCGAGACGAGCGGUGCUAUCGUCAUCAUCAUCAUCACAACACAAAGCAGUGAAACCCGUCUUCUGUCUUCAAUUCGGAUCUUCCACCGGCACAUCUCUCCGCAGACAAGAUUCUGUCGCCUCGACCAUUCGACGUAGAGCAAGCUCGACAGGAUGGUGGCAGGGCAGCGGUAACGAAUACUCGGAUGAACCGCUCGCCAUCACCUGGCAGGAAGGAAGAUUCGCCAUACCGGAUCAGACGACCGACUCGCGUUCUGCGAGGAUCGUCGCCGGACUGAACAAUGAUAUACCGGAAGGCGAAUGUCAUCUCGCAGGCGGAACGUUCAUCGUCAAGGGUGUGACAAGGCAGGACGAGCAAGAUGCCCUUGAGGCCGUCCUACGGGUCUUACUUUUCACAAUUCAUGCCAUGUUCCUCGAACUAGAGCUCUUGGACGCGUUUCAUGUACCUCGUGAGACUCGAGCGCCUAUGGUCCCUCCAAAAUCGGUGCCCAGACCCAAAGAGAAAGCCAAGGGCUUUUUCAACCGUCUUGGAAGGGAUACCAAAGGCAUCUUUGGCGGGUUGCUUCCUCGGGCAAGGAAGGACGCCGCUUUAGACUACGGUCCAACGAUUGCUCAAGCUGGUCUCAGUGGUCCCCCAUCGCCGAUCAUCAAUAGUGCUCCGUCAACGCCGCCACUCAGUCAAACCACUGAUCGAAGUCUCAAGACUUUGGGCAAACUUGAAAGUAUGUUGCAUUCCACGACGCCGGGACUGGUCUUUCCCAUGCCAUCAUUGCUGCUGAGAGUACGGGAAGAAGACCGUGUGAGGCGAGAAAAAGCCAAACAGGAAAUGGAAGAAGGUGUCGUUGAUGGACUGCCAGGUCGUGCUAUCGGGUAUAGAAUGGGCGGAGACGUCAGAGCGGGUCUAGGUGCUCUGGCAAGUGGUUUGGACACAUUUGAUGGAUGGAUCCGGCUACAGAGGCUGGAGACUCUGGUCUGCUGGGGGAUGGAAUCCCUCUGUCAAGCACCGACAAGCAAGACUAUGACGUUCUGGGGCGAAUCAGAUCAGACCAUCGAAGAAAUGGUUAGUGAUCCAUCGAGCUGUGACUGCAAAGAACCGCAUGUACAGUGGCUACUGCAUGGAGAGCGACGGGUGGGCAUCAAGACGGUCGAACAUGAAGGACCGAUGGACGUGUGGACUAAAUGUCUUGAAUGUGGAGCCAGUACUGCGGCUCGACCACUGGGAAUCGCCAGGUUGUUCUCAUUCGCCAAGCUCGUCGAGCUGAUGCUAUAUGGUCACCUGCCUGGACCGUGUAAUCAUACGAAUUAUUUACGCUGUAUCAGGGGACCCCGUACACUCGUGUUGCACGUCGAACCCGUCACUGUGCUUGAUACAAGGCUGCCAAAACUUCAAGUGGGUCCAAAUGUCGGCAAGCGGAAACCUGGACUAGCCAACGCCGAGGCCGCUGUCACAGGGCUGGCGAGCCGCGAUAGGAAGAAAGAUUCGGACGAGCUACGAAAUCAGAUCGACGACGUGUUCAAAGUGCUUGCAUCGAGAGUGGAUCUCCUUCGCCGAUAUGUCAGGGCAGAAAGGGAUACAGGGCCGGCAGAUGAGAUGGAGAAACGAGACGAGUUACCGGACCAACCAAACGAUGAUGAGUCGCUGGCGGCGCUUGAGAAGGAUCUGGAAGGCACGCGAGCCUCACUCGCCGAAUUUAGCUCAAGUCCGCUCAACGAUGUCCGGCAACGCUUCACACUCGCUAUAAGGGAUGCUGAGGAGAGGACCGCAGCCUGGCAAAAGGAUCAUGACGUGCCUGAAGACUUUAAAGAUCUCCCAUUAAAUCUGCCCGAGUAUGUUGCGGACGAUAAGAUUCACGCAUUGCCUGGGAGUUCGAUUCUUGUUAGAGAAAAUGAACCUAGUUCAAUCUUUGCUCAUGCCCUAUCAUCUCUGCCGUACUUUCUUGAACUCGCUGGUAAAGGUCCCGAAGUGUCCAAUGAACAAGGGUGGACCGUGGAGGUGAAACGCCGAGACGCGCCCAGAGACAUGCUCUCCUUCCGAGCCCUGUCGAAGAAACGUUCAGAAACAUCCAUGAUCAGCAAAGCACCCAUGACGCCCAAGCCGAAUCAACCGAGUCUAGAGGUUUCCCUCGCCCAGGUCGAAGGGACGAUGAGCAAGAGUUCCCUAUUGGAAAGGCGACAGAGUGAAUCAGAAUCAGACUCAGCACCAACACCGAAAAGUCAGCGAGUAGUGGAGUCUCAGCCGCCAAGCUCGUUCCGACCGCAAGUCACCCGACAGGUAUCUCAUUCGAGACCCACUGAAGAUUCCUCAGAUGCUACUGAAGGUACUUGGACUGCGUCCCUUACUUCUUCCUUCAAUACCCUCUUACGCAUCGGCUCGGAUAUGGGUUCGGUCAGAAUGCGAGAUAGAUCCUUGACAUCGCUCAUGGGGCCUCUGGAUAAUUCCCUUACUGCCUUGUCUGACAAGCCACAUUUACAAUUCACUUACACUUUGGAGGACAGACUGAAGAUUGGCUGUACGAUUUACUACGCCACUGCAUUCGACAGUCUCAGGAGGAGAUGCGCGAUCGAUAAAUCUAUGGUGGCUAGCUUGAGCCGAUGCGAUCCAUGGGAAGCUCAAGGGGGCAAGAGUAAGGCCUCUUUCUUCAUGACGAGCGAUAAGCGAUAUAUUGUCAAGCAGCUAGUGAGCAAAUGGAAUGUGUCGGAUACACAAGCCUUGUUGGAGAUUGCCCCAGUGUAUUUUGAACAUUUGGCAGGAACACAUAAUCGCGCGACGGCUCUCACGAAGAUUGUCGGAUUCUACACCUUCAAACUACAAGACAAGAAUUCGACAAAGCAUAUGGACUUGCUUGUUAUGGAAAACCUAUUCUACAAGCAGGACGUCAAGCAGAGAUUUGACCUCAAGGGAAUAGAGGGACGAAAGGCGCCGAAAGCCGGAGCAAUCUUAUUCGACAGCGAAUGGCUUGAAGGUCAGACGAAAUCACCCAUCCUGCUUCAUCCUCACGCCAAAUGGAUUCUUCAAGAGGCUAUCUCCCUCGAUACUCGUUUUCUUUCUCGCGAGUCCAUAAUGGACUACUCGCUUCUGCUUGGUCUAGACGAGAAGCGAAAGGAGCUAGUCGUCGGUCUUGUAGACGCUAUUGGAUCAUUUGACUUCUUCAAGACCAUUGAAUCUCGGGGGAAAUUAGCCUUGACUCGGGGUGGCGAAGUGACUGUCAUUCCACCAGAUCAAUAUCGCAAACGGUUCGAAACCGCCAUUAAACAAUAUUUCAUCGCAUGUCCCGAUAAAUGGUCCAAGUCCAAAUUAGCACCUGUCUGUUGUAGUCCUAUGUAAUGACCGUGACGAAUCGCUCCCAGCGACGAAUGACAUCCUUUACAGUCUCGUAUGAUGUACCUAGGGGGAAAAUCUCCCGGUGGACAGCUUGACAAUCGUCACA